AUGAGCAAUGAUGGCCUGGAAUCCUGGUCCACUUUGAAUGCUUCAUGGGAAGAUAUUGGAGCAGAAAAUGGAACUGACUUCCUAACCCCCCAGGAUGGUUUUGAUCAUGAAUCAUCACCAUAUAAUAUAGCAGCCAUUAUUCUAGAUUUCUUAAUUCUAGUUAUUAGCAUUUUUGGAUUAAUGGGGAAUGGAACUGUAAUUUGGUUUCUUGGUUUCUGCAUGAAGAGGAAUCCUUUCACCACUUUCAUACUACAUCUGGCUGUUGCUGAUCUGGGGGCUCUCAUAUGCUUAUGCUCUGUUUCAAUUAUGGGUCUUCUGCAGUCACCUUUUACUAUCUUAAAUCCCUAUAUGUUUUUGUUUCAUUUGUUGUUCAGGUAUUUUUUUAUGUUCAUGUACAACACUGGUCAAUAUCUGCUGACAGCCAUUAGCAUGGACAGGUGUGUUUCUGUCGUCUUUCCCCUUUGGCAUCAAUGCCACCGACCACCACACUUUUCCACCCUUGUGUGUGCCACAAUAUGGAUCAUUUGUUUCCUGCUCACUGUCAUCUGCUGGAUUCUUCCUAAUUUUCUGCUUAUCGAGGAUUCCAUUUUCUACCAGCUUCUAAUGAAUGCUAUACUUUGCCUCCCACUCAUGACUGUUUCUACUCUUGUCCUGUUUAUAAAAGUUUACUUUAGAUCACAACAGAGGAAGAAGGCAAAAGCUUUAACAGCCAUCCUACUUGCCCUCCUCUUCUUCCUCUUCUUUGCUUUCCCAUAUACCUGCAUUUUAUUAAUCUUUCUUUCCAAUAAGCUUGUAAACUUUAGUGCAUUAUUUCUUGGGCUCUUAUGCAGCUGCCUAAACAGCAGUGUUAACCCACUGAUUUAUUUCCUGGUUGGAAGAAAGAAACACAGUCGGUCAAGGGAGAGCUUGAAGGUCAUAUUCCAGAGGGUUUUCAAGGAGGAGGAAGAUUGCAGAAAGAAGGAAGACGCUCAGGUCCAAACCCGGAUCUAA